GGCCAACCACAAACCCGUGGUAUACCUCCCAGAUCUACGGAAGUCAUAGCGGGGGUGACAGUAAACGAGCAUCAAACCAGUUAUGUGCUUUUUUAGUGAUGUAAGACUGGUAUUUCGGGAUAAUGCGGAGCUCCUUGGCCUCAAACAAUUGAGGCUCGGACCUUCCACUCUGGCCGACUACUCAUCUCGACUGGUAUGCGACCGGUGGUGGAUUGGUUUCGAAGUGACUUUAGUAGUUGCUACUAUGUGGUCGAAAAGCUAAGAGCUAACCUAGGAGAAGACUGCAAGAUGUUGAAAAAGUGGGGUGCGAGCGGUGGUUGCUUAGCCUAUUGUAUCUCCCUAACGUCCAUCUAGAAUAUCGAAGGAGCUAUAUAUGCACCAAUGGAUACCCAUAACUAAAUAUGGGAAGCGGUAAGGAUAGCUUGCGAACCGAUCAGGAUGAUGAAAGGCAAUAUACACCCAAAUCAAAGGUACGGGAGUGCCCAGGAGUUUCCAGUGCUCAUAUAGUCGUCAGACGAUGCACGGACGCUUGCUAAUACUUACAGUAGUCUACCGACGGUGGACCUUUGCGUCUCUUGAAUAGCACACAGCGCUAAUGUAAGGUACGCGGUUAUAUAUCCAAAACAUGAAAGUCGGGAAUUCCAGUGGCCAGUACACCACUGUAGCUAAAAACUUUUCCUUGGAUUAAUACUACCUACUUAUAUUAGUCAUAUGGAUUACACAUUUAAUACGAUAUAAAACAUUUAUUUUUGAAGAAAUGUGAGUAGGCAAGGACCUACCAGCCUACCCGCUGCCUACGCCACUGGGAAUAUCACUUGUGGAUGGUUACUAUGUCAUAUAGUGUAUAUGUCAACUGCACCGGUCGAUACAAAUACGUUACCUGUUCACCGUUUUUAGUUUUUUUUUUUUUCAAAUAAAUAUGAAUAACGCCUAUUAAAUAUGACUACAUCAACAAAACAUGGAAGUAAACUCCAUAAAUAUAUUGUGACAAAAGUUUCGAUUUCGGACAAUCCGGAUUUAAAAGGAGAUUGGUUGAACGUUUUCAUAUUGUUAUUGCUGUAUACAAUACAAGGGUUACAAUUAGGCUUAACUACCGCUAUACCGAUACUUUUGCAAAGUAAUAAAAACGUAUCUUAUCAAGAUCAGGCUGUAUUUAGUUUAGUGAUGUGGCCGUAUACUUUGAAACUUUUGUGGGCUCCUUUAGUAGACGCUGUCUACAUAAAAAAGAUAGGAAGGCGAAAGUCAUGGCUCAUACCAGUGCAAUUUAUUAUGGGAUCAUUCUUCCUUUACAUAGCCAACGACAUCAAUGAAUUAUUACCCGAAACGGGAAAACCAAACAUAGAGAAAUUAGUGUGCGUGUUUUUCGUAGCUACCUUCUUGGUGGCUACACAAGAUAUAAUUGUUGACGGUUGGGCACUUACGAUGCUAAAAAAGAAUAACGUGGGAUAUGCGUCCAUGUGUAAUACAACAGGUUUGGCAAUCGGUUCGAUGAUAGGUUCUGUAUGGUCUACCCUUUUGACGUCUAAAGACUUUUGCAACAAAUAUGUACGGACUACGCCAGAUACGGGAGGAAUAGUUACCAUGGAACAAUUAUUAUACGUUUGGGGCAUCAUGUUUAUGUCUAUCACGACAUUAAUUGCUAUAUUCAAAAAAGAAAAAGAUUGCUCAUUAGAAGAAAACCACGUAAAGCUCAACACAUUUCAAAACUAUCGUCUACUAUGGGACAUCUGCAAACUACCUAGUGUACAAAUAUUUGCAAUGGCAUUGUUGACAGUGAAGGUUGGAUUUGCUGCAACCGAUAAUGUGUCGCCUUUAAAACUGAUUGAUGCAGGUGUAUCAAAAGACGAUAUGAUGAUAAUAAAUACAUCUAUGUACGUAGCGAAAAUUAUUUUACCUCUCAUUAUUGCAAGGCAUACUUCGGGUCCAAAACCGAUAAGUCUAUACUUAAAAGCUACCCUGAUAAAAUUAAUUUGGAACAUUGCAUUUAUUAUGCUAAUAUACUAUACACCAAAAUUGAUAAAAAUGAAUGGUGUAAUAAAUAUUCCAACUUAUUAUUACGUGAUAUUAAUAGUUAUAUUAUCAAUACAAGAAAUACUAAAUUAUACUAUGUUUGUGGCUUUAUUGGCUUUUUACUCUCGAAUAAGCGACCCUCGCUUUGGUGGUACUUAUAUGACAUUAUUGAAUACCCUCUCAAAUUUGGGAAACGCGUGGGCAACUUUCACAGCACUUGGAAUGGUCGAUUUACUAACAUUCAAAGAAUGCUCAUUUAAUCCUAAGAAUGAUUGUUCUACACUUGAUCUCCAAAACAUAUGUACAAUAGAUGGAGGUGACUGUGUUGUAACAGUGAAUGGAUAUUACAUUGAAAUGGUACUGAGUACUAUUUUCGGAAUCUUUUGGUAUGGUAUUUUCAAAAAUAUUCUCAAAAAUCUUCAAACGAAAUGCCCAUCUCAGUGGUUGGUAAACUAUGUAAAACAACCAAUUACAAAAAAUAGCAAAAAUGUAUUUACUAUUACUGUAACUUGAAACAUUUAGAUUGUUUAUUGUGUGAAAAAUAGGUAUUGUUUUUAUUGAACAAUCGUUCUGUGUGCACGUUCAAUAUUUACUCAGAACUGUGUAUUGUAUUACUCUCACUAUCUAUAAUAUUUCAAUGGCAUGCUGAGCAUUUUUUGAAUGAGUGGAUACACAUUUUUGAUUGUUAUAACAAUAAAAUAUAUUAAUUCUUGUAUUUACCUGUUGGUACUAAUUAUUAACAACGAUAAUAGUAUUUAAUAUUGAAAUAUUUUAAUAUUACUUUUUAUAUUUAGUAUUAUUAAAUCUAAAUAAAUUUCAAUUUAAAAAAUAUCAACUGCCCCCUUCUAAUAUGCAUUAUUAGUAUUGAACAAUAAUGUUUUAUAAAACAUGUAUUAUUAUUUAAUUAAUUUUAUUAUUAUAUUUAUUAGACGAUUCUUCAAGAAAAUUUAAAAACGAAUAAUUUUAUUACUAUUAAAUACUCAUACAAAUCUUAAUAACUUUUAACACACAAUAUUUCAUGGUUGUCCUGAUACUAAUCCUAUUGAGUUGUCAAAUUAUCUAUACACAGUUUACUGGACGAUCGUUUUUUUUUUUUUUAUUGCUAUUUUAUUAUAAUUUAAGAUAAUUAAUUAUCACGAUAUUUGUCAUUUACACUGAACUCACCGUAUAUAAUAUUAUAUAAUACUGUUGAGCUAUAAUAAUUUUAAUUUAUAACUGUAUUUAUUUUUAGAUAUGGAUUGUAUAUAUUAUUAUUGUUAUUUUAUUGUUUUCUUAUAUAUGACAUAUAUUGUAAUCGGUUAUUUAAUUUAGUUAGGUUUUUCUAUUUGAGACACUGUAAAAAAUUUAUUUUCGUAAUUUAUGUUGGUAGCAUAUUUGAAUAAUUUAAAUGGAAAAACUGAAUAGUACGUAACAUUUAAAAUAACAUUAUAAAAUUAUUAUCGAAUUAUUCAUGUCUUGUCGUUAAUACUUGUUAUUUAUAUUGUACAUAUAUUAUAUAGUUAAAAUGAAACUGUAAGUGUACAAUGUGCAUAUAUGCACUCGUAUAUAAGAAUGACAUAUUUUUUUUUUAUACAAUGAAAAUGAAUUUGGAAACAAAUAAUAGAUCACUGCUGUGUUAAAAAAAAAAAAUUAUAUUUAUUUUCGAGAA